UGAACACAAGCGCGAGUCGACAGCGCGCGUCAGCUGACGUCCGCGGGGAGAGCAGCCAGACAUGGAUCAACUCAAAGUCAAAGACAGGAUCCUCGAAAACAUCUCUCUCUCCGUCAAGAAGUUGCAGAGUUACUUUGCCGCCUGUGAGGAUGAGACGCCAGCCAUCAGGAAUCACGACCGGGUUCUUCAGCGGUUGUGUGAACACCUGGAUCAUGCUCUGCUUUAUGGGCUGCAGGACAUCUCAUCGGGUUAUUGGGUACUCGUAUUACACUUCACACGACGAGAGGCUGUCCAACAGAUAGAUGAGCUCCAGCACAUAGCUACCAAUCUUGGCCGAAUACAGAACCAUUCAAAAGACGUGCCAUAUCUGGAUGUUGCUCCUUACAUGCCAGAAUACUACAAACCCCAUAAUCUGUUGGAUUUUGAGGAGAGGUUGCCAAGCUCUGAUAGCCUGUCUCUGCACUCUUUCACAUCCCUUACCUCCACUAACCUUGAGUGGGACGACAGUGCUAUUGCCCCAUCCAGUGAAGAUUAUGAUUUUGGUGACAUCUUCCCUGUGUUGCAGUCAUUGCCAAGUGCAGACUGGGAAGAGGGAGACUUGACAGAUCCAGUCAGUGGGCCCCGCUCCUCUUUAGGAUCGGACCCUCAGACUGUUGUCAGUGACUGCGUUGUAUUGAGGCCCGCUGCAGGCACCAUCAGGACCACAUCUCUGUCACAAAGCCCUACGUUUCGGCACAAUCCCUUCAUUGAGGACUCGGACACUAACACUUCAGCUGACGUCACCCCAGUGCACAUGCCUAGCCGUCAUGCUUCCAAAACAGGAGAAGAUGCUGAGAUCACCAACACUGAGCUGGAAGUCAUUAGAAUGGCAAGGCGCAGAAGACCUGGUAAGAAACGAAGGGGAAGAGGGUUGACAGACUCUGUGAGCAGCGAGCAGAAUGUCACCUCUCCAGACACAGUUGACACUGAGGAAUGCCUUCAGAUUGUAGUUGAGAGAGACAUUGUAGUAGACCAUAUUAAUAUGGACUGUCGGGGUCCUAUGGAGGGGCCAAUUGGUCCUGGCUCAGAGUCUGUGAGGAAUGGGAGACAAAAAGGAGAAGAUGAAGACCCAGAGGCAGGGCUGAGGCUCCCUGAAAUGACGGACACUUCUAUGGACAGUGUGGGCGAACCCCUCCGUGACAUCAUGGACAGACUGAACGGUUCUUUGGAUGGGGAAAGCUGGCAGCGAAGUGAAGGUGAGGAGGAAGAGGAUGGAACUCGCGCUAGUCACGAUGGACUCCCCCAUCAGCGGCCCUUUCGAGAGGACUCGGGUGGUAAACCUCCAGACCCAAGCCGUAGCUUCCUGCAGGCCCCCCUUUCACCUGCGAACUUCUACUGCUUUACCUCCCAGAGUCCAGACCUUGCUGCCUCGUGUGGUGGGCACAAUGACUCUGCAGGGAAUGGCGAGUCGCAGGAUGUUCCUGUUAGCGAUGAAGAUGAGGGAAAAGCAGAAACACCAGCUGCAGGGCAGGAUCCCUCCAUCCCCAUAGAGACGUCAGCUGAGGAGGAACGGAGUAAAGAAGAAGAAAAGCAGGAGGAAGAUAAAGACCACACAAUACAGAGCUCUCAUGCUGCAGAGUUUAAGGUGGAUAACAAUCACCUUCUGCUGCUCAUGAUUCACGUUUUCAGGGAGAAUGAAGAACAGCUCUUUAAGAUGGUGAGGAUGAGCACAGGCCACAUGGAAGGAGAUUUGCAGCCUCUGUAUCUGCUGUUGACGGACUGCUACAUUUACCUCUUGCGAAAAGGGGCAGCAGAGAAGCCUUAUAAGGUUGAGGAGGCGGUAUCUUAUAACGAGCUGGACUACAUCUCUGUGCGGCAGGAUCCCUCCAUCCCCAUAGAGACGUCAGCUGAGGAGGAACGGAGUAAAGAAGAAGAAAAGCAGGAGGAAGAUAAAGACCACACAAUACAGAGCUCUCAUGCUGCAGAGUUUAAGGUGGAUAACAAUCACCUUCUGCUGCUCAUGAUUCACGUUUUCAGGGAGAAUGAAGAACAGCUCUUUAAGAUGGUGAGGAUGAGCACAGGCCACAUGGAAGGAGAUUUGCAGCCUCUGUAUCUGCUGUUGACGGACUGCUACAUUUACCUCUUGCGAAAAGGGGCAGCAGAGAAGCCUUAUAAGGUUGAGGAGGCGGUAUCUUAUAACGAGCUGGACUACAUCUCUGUGGGACUUCACCAGCAGACUAUCACUCUAGUGUGCACUAAUAGAAGACGGCAGUUCCUUUUGGACACAGCUGACUCAUCUCUGACUGUAUGGUUCCUGACAGUGCUGAAAGCAGCCUUGGAAAAGGGCUGUAGAGAGCCUCUCUACCCCUCUGUUCUCACUGACGCCACCAUGGAGAAACUUGCUCUUUCUAAGUUUGUAUGCCAAGAGACUCACUGUGAGUUACCUGAGAUGAGCAUCUGCCUGUAUUCUCUGGUUCACUGGGAGGACCCAAUGGAUGCAGCAGUGGCUUCAUCAACAUCUCCGUUCGGCUCCAGAGAAUCCAGUAGCACUAAAGAGGGGGCACUGUUGUACCGGGCCGGGAGCACUUAUUUGGGGAAGGAAGUGUGGAAAAGCUGUUACUUGGUUCUCAGCAACGGCAUCCUGUAUCAGUAUGCAGAGAGAACAGAUAUUACACCUUUGAUGUCUGUGACCAUGGGGGGAGGGCACUGUGGAGGCUGUAGGCGUUCAAACAGCUUAGAGAAGCCUCAUGCUUUUCAAGUGAUUCUGACUGAACAUCCUCCAUUAGUGCUCAGUGCAGAAAACGAACUGGAAAUGGCCGACUGGAUGCAGCUGCUCUGCCAGUCUGUCUCUAAAGGGAUUAUUCCACAGGGAGUAGCUCCUGCACCCUGUAUUCCAUGUUGCCUUGUACUCACAGACAGGAAGUUGCUCACAUGUCACCAAGAUUGCCAGACCAGUUUUUUCCGUUCUCUAGGAGGGGCUGAUCUGAACGAUGUCACAGCUGUUUGCCUAGAAGAGGAUAAAGAAUACUGUGUCAUUGAAUUUGCAGAAGAUCGUGCUCAGUUUCUCCCACCCUGGGUUUUGUAUUUUAGCGGAUGUGAGGAGCGAGAUCGGCUACUAGGAGAGUUGAGUAAAGCUUGGGCUGCUGUUUACCAGGUAAGCCUACCGCGUAAGCCAGUUUCAGACCUAUCAGUGCAGAAGAGGUGUAGGGAAGCGCUGGAGCUGAUGAAGAGUGCAUGGCAGAGGAGUGACAGCCUACACCGAGGUCGAUCAGAGAGAGAACCAUGGUGCUGACGACCUGUCCAUCACUACAGUGAGCCCAGGAUUAAAUAAGACUGCAUGGAGAAGUCAGCUCACCAGCAAACCUACUGUUUACGUAGGUACAAGCAGUCACUGUGAGCUCUCCAGACCAGAGACGAUAUUGAAUAACAUGGGCUCAUAUGAUAUUUAUCUACCUGUAAUGAGGCCUGACCUUGUUUACACUUGCCUUGCACAAAUAUUUAAGGAGUUAAGAUUAAGGCUUUGGCUUUUACUAGUGGAAGUCUACAACAGGAAAUCAAAAAAACAAGAGAUCUAGCAGUUCUCUUCCAUUACAUGUGAUCAGACUAUAUAGAGUGUAAAUAGUAAUAACUCAAAAGCUCUUUUAAAAAAUUUUUUUUUUUAUAAAACCUUCCCUCCUUGAAUAAAGUCUAUGGACGGAUACUGUACAUCAUGCCUGUACUAUAUAAAGAGGUACAAACUGCUUUGUGAGCACUUGCGAAAGAUAAUUUUAGUUAUGUAUACACCUUUGGUAUUAGCUGGCUGCUUUAAGUUAACUAUUUGAAAGUAUAACCAUUUGCAUGGCAGCUUGGCACAGACACUCAAAACAUACAGAGAGAGAAAAGGAGGGAAUUGGUCCGGCUUUCAUUUAGAUAUCUAAUAUCAGUCAGCACUGCUAACAGUGAUGGCAUGGUACCAGCAUGUAAUUGCUGUUGUUAUAUUGGAAUGAAGUAAUUUGUUAGGAUCAGGUAUUGAAAUACUGUAAUAAGGGACAUACAAUUCUAAAAUAUCAUUAGUUGAAGAUAUUAAGGCUCUUGCAACUGAAAUGACAGUUUAGAAGUGAAGGAGUUGGUUACAGAAGAAUUGCACGUUCAUUUAAAAAAAAUUUUUUUUUAACUUUUGUUAAAAGAUAGGUUUGAGGGUUUUUAUUUUUUUAAUGGCUAUAAAAUGAUUUCCGAUCAUACGUAAGCAUUCGCAAAUUUUUCGGUUUUAAGAAAAGUGCAAGAAAAGGUUUAAAACAAAACAA